GACGACGACUCGUCCUCAGUCACCACCCCCGUCGUAUCCACUCUCAUCCCCACAUCCCUCCAGAUGUCUCCCAGUUCCCAAUCAUCAUCAUCCCAGAGCCUCUCCUCCACCGCCUCGUCCUCGCCCGUCCUCACCUCACCCGGCCUCCAGGAAAGUCCGAGCCAUCUCCGCCUUCCGAUCCCGACGCCGACAUCGAACAGGUCCCAGAGCUCGUUUGCGUUCAUGGAAUUGAGUGGCGAGGAGGAUGCGGGAGAGUUUGGAGAUCUGCCGCCUGAGAUGGCGGCGGCUGAUAUUUCGCUUGCACCGGACGGCUCGUUCGUGGAGACGUCUUCAGCGACGGUGGCGUACGACCUGAAGAAACGGUACGAUCGCUACCUCGGCGUGGGCAUGGAGAUCCGCUCUCCAUACGCCAUAACCGCGUUCGUGAACCAACACGGAAAGCAGAUGUUCCGAGUAGGGAACCGGGAAAUGUCGGCCCCCGCGGCAUCUGGACAGGAAGCGGAACAGCGGACGACGAUGCAGCUCGAGAGGAACAGCAACAUCAGCACCACCAACACCAAUCACAACACCCACAACAUCCACAACAGCACCAACAGCAGCAAUAAUAGCAACAGCGCGCAGCCACAGACACCGAAACCGCAAAAAUCACCGGCGUCGUCGAGGUCAGAUGGGCGGCAGAAGAGGCGCUCGAGGAUGAGCAUGCAGGCGCUCUUCGCUCCCUCCGUCUUCCCGCCGGCGCGCGGCGAUUCGGGGUUCCCUCCCAUGUCCAGCACCUCCUUCUCCAGCACAAAGACUACCUCCUCUUCGUCGCAGCAUUCCCAGACGCCGGCACAUGUACAGGCAGGCACCGCGCCCCGGAUGGUCGUCCCGCCGAACGCAAACGCACAUCAUCAUCAUCAUGCCCACGCGAACGCGAACGGGAACGGAAACGGGAUCCAAUCGCCUCCGACGAGGAAGUUGAGGAAGACGAGGUCGAAUCCGCAGCUUCCUGCGCCGCCUGCCGCGGAGUCAUCUGCGUCUGGAUCUGCGGCUCCUCAGCCUCCGACGCCUGCUGCGAGGGUGCACUCGCAUAGUGUCACCGCGGCGGAUAUGCCCAGGCUGCCCAGCGUCGCGGUGGCGCCCGAUAGUAGGGAGUCUACUUUAAUGGCAGCGACGGAGGUGGUCAAGCAGCCGAGGGGCGAUAUUUUUUCGGAUGUGAUGGAGUGGAACGCGCCGCCGUCGCCUUUUCAUAAUUCGAGCGAGUCGCCGUCGCCUUCUACGUCUUACGAGGACGACGAGAGCGAUGGUGGAGGAGCACUUUUACCGCUGAUCGUCAUGCAGCCUUUCGGACCCGGGGUGACGUUCGACUCUCCGUCGAGGAAGUCCGAUUCGCUCUUGAUCUCCCCGCCGGUGUUGCGCGAGAUGCAGUCGUUCGAGUCUGGGCUGACCGCUAAAGCAGAUCCGGACUCUCGAAUCGGCAGAUCCAGUCUCUUGUCCCCUCUCAAACCACUGUCGACCACACAGAGUCAGACCAUCGAGGAGACGCCGCCCUCCCCGGAUUUAGUAGAGCCGGAAGGAGCGGCCUCGCCGUCGCCGCCACCUUCACCACUUCCUCCUCCACGGCCGCAGACGCUCUCGCCCCCCCGGGCAGCCGAUCCUUCGUACCUCCCUACCGUGCAGACCCAGAUCCACACGCGAUAUCCGACAGAGGUGUUCGAUGUUCUGCAGACGUACCGUGGGCUUCCGCUGCUCGAUAGGCUGUUUGCGGACUCGACAGAGACGACGGUGAUCAAGAUGUCGGCGAAUGCGGACGAGACGGCAGCGCCGAGGGACGACCCGCGGUUCGUGAUCUGGGGCGAAGUCUACCCCGACCCGGAGGACCAUCUGUCCGUCUCCCAAGAAAGUCAGACGAACCUGUCCUCGUCGCGUUCUGGCGUCUCGCGCCGAAAGAGCACGACGAAGGGCAAUAAGGAAUCGACGCUCUCGAUCGACGGUACGCAGCCGAAGGUCCGGGUGCAUUCGCCUCUGGGACCACAGAAGGUCUUGGUCGCGGCCACGAUCGAACGAUGGAUCGCGCAGCUCACGAGCGACCUGAAUUACGACGAGCUGCUGAUUUUCUUCCUCACCUAUCGCACGUACAUCAGCGCCGUCGAUCUCUGCCAUCUCUUGAUUUGUCGGUUUCAUUGGGCAUUGGGUCAGCCGAGCUCGAGCUCGAAGCAGGACGAGAUGGUGAGGAGGAUAGUGAGGGUGAGGACGUUCGUGGCGUUGCGGUACUGGCUCUUGACGUUCUUCGCGAUCGAUUUUAUGCCGAAUCGGGAUUUGAGGCUGCUCCUCGCGAGUUGGCUGAACUCGCUGAAGAGGGACCCGAUCCUUUUGAAGCACAGCGAUGCGACGAGUACGGUGCGGAAGCUGAUAUCGGUGGUGAGGGAGUGCCGAGAGGUGCAUGCGAGACGGGAAAGACCAUCUACGUCUGGCCCACGCCCGUCGGCUGCAUCUCUACCGAGCGCUCCGCCCACAACUGCUCAGAUCUUUGGCCCUCUUUUCGGCGGGGACGCGCUCCCCCGGCAGCCUUCGAACGAAUCCGAUAUCGACCUCGAUUUCUUCGCGGACGAGACUUCGACGUCUAGCAUGGGCAACGGCGCUUUCGACGCCGCGGUCAAUCCGGACAUGUUGAACGGUGGACCGAUGAAUAAGACGGCGUCGGCUUCGUUAGCGGUGAUGCAGCAGCCGCUCAAUAGGGCGAUCCUUCAUCAUGCACCGACGGCCUCGGCCAAUAUGGCGGUCAUGCCUACUUCUGCGACGUUACCCGUUCAUACGAACGUACUUUCGAGGGCGUUGGUCAGGACGUUUGGAAGGCUAGGACGAUGGAAACGGCAGUUGAAUUCGAGGUCGUCGGUGCCGACGCCGAUGGGACCGUGCGCGGACGUGUCGGCGUUUGAUCUCGAGUUGAAUGCGACGGGGGAUUUGCUUACGGUGCGAGGUGGGAUGGAACAGUAUCUCAAGAUGUUCGACUUGAACAGGCCUUCGACUUCGACUGCAGUUGCUGAUCCCUCUGCGAUUGGUUCGGCGUACGGACAACCGUCGACGGCACCCUCAGCCGCCGAGGCUGAGCCCGCAGAAGAGGUCAUCGCCGUUGAAACGGAAGGCGACGCCGAGGCGGAUGCGGAUGCUCAAUCGCUUGCAGACGUUCCGGAGGCAUCGGAUGAAAGCGCUGGGACUUAUGCAGGAGGUGCAGCUACCCCAAGCAUCGCCUCGUCCGAUAUUCAGGUUUCCCUCCGCCCCGUCAAUCAUUCUCGACAUUCUUCCGGAUCCUCUGGUUCUUCAGAUUACGGCGAACCGAUAGCCCGGUCUUCGCAUUCGAUACCUCCCAGCCCUGCAGCCUCUGUGAAUCCUUCCCUUGCCGCUCGACCCUCUCCGUCCGCGCGACAGCCACCACCUUCAUGGCAGAUGGACGUCGUCUCCAUUGACGAUUUGGAUCUAUCCGACUCUGCAUCCGAUAAGUCGACUCCUGCGUUACCGCCUGGUUUGCAGAAAACACCACGCCGACUGCCUCUGCGUCGAGAUUUCGAGUUCGUGGAUCGGAAUCGGGAUAGCGUUUCGUCGAUGGGCCUCGCGUCGCACGAGUCGAUGAUCUCGCCUGCUAGUUCGACUACGUCUUCGAUGUCGGGAGGUGGAUUGGGCAGCACGAUUCAGCAAUGGCAAAUGAAUGCGCUCGUGGAUUCGCUCAGCGAUGACGAUGAAGUUGGGGAUGUCGAGGACGCGCUGAAGAGGCUCGAGGGACAGAUGAGCCCACAGAAGCAGAAGAAGAAGGAGUCGAAGGUGGAUAAUUGGAUUAGGGCGAUCAGGGGCCGUAUGGAUGCGGGAGACUAUACGGACGAGGCGCCGAGGUUUUCUGCGGAGUUUUCGGACGAUGUUAACGAGCCGUAUCCGUACGACCACCACGACUUGAACGGCGGCGCUUCGUCGUCCUCGAACGUUGGUGGUGGCGAACCGUCGAAUUUACGCGUCCGAUCGUCUGUGCAAUCGGAGGUGUCGUUGUUGGCUCCGGGGCAUGAAGGAUCGGAGGACGUGACGCCUCUCGCGACGCAAACUUCUCAUUCCAUCCCGACUACGGCAGUCAGCACACCUGGAAGCGAAGCCCGGCCACACGUCGAAGACGUCGUCCCCAUCGAAAUCUUGCAGAGCAGAGUCCUGUCCUUGUCGCCCACGCACUCCCCAGAAGCAACGCCCAUGUCCCCUCCCGUCCUCACUCCCCCCAUAUCCAAGUUCGGUUCCGCACAGAUCCCGCAAUAUCACCGCUCCUGGGUACACGCGCACAGCGCCGGCGAACUCGCACAACAUUUCACCAUGAUCGAUCGGGAAUUGUUCCUCGGCGUGAAGUUCGAGGAGCUCGUGUCGGCGGAAUGGGUCGGUCUGAUCGACGAGGCGAAUAUUUUGGAUUGGGGACAGUUUUUGAAAGAUAGGGCGAGGUGGAAGGCGGAGGGACGCGGGGGGUACAAGACGAGCGCUUUGGUCGCGACGAGAGGGAGAUUUAACCUCAUUGCUAAUUUUGUGUUGUCGGAGAUUGUGCUCACACCGCCCGCGGACCGGCCGGCGCUGGUGGGGAAGUUCAUCCGUAUCGCCUGGAAAUGCUACAAUGUGAACAACUACAGUACUCUGGUGGCCAUCAUCGCUGGCCUUCGCAGCGAAUGGGUCACGAAGGUGAUGCGCACGUCCUGGCAUCGGGUGAACGUGUACAAUCGGCGGAUGUUCAAGGACCUCACAGCGUUCACGGACAGUACGGACGAUUUCGUUCAUAUUCGCAAUACCGUGGCGGCGAUGUCGGACGACGCAAAGGCGACUGUGUCUGAGGACCCUGUGGCGCCUGCGAAGAACCAUACUCACCGGCAUCGGGCGACGUCAGACUUGAAGCCAGCUAAACCUCAGUCGUGUGUUCCCUUCAUCGGUAUAUACCUCUCCCCUCUACACCGAUUCAGCCAGCUCCCGGAUCUUAUCGACCCUACGGCACCGAACGAGGCCUCAGGCGUAGAUCAAUACGGCAACCUCAUCCACCCCGCCCACCCAGACGUAUUCUCCACCCUCGCUCCUCUGCCACCUUCCAUGCAACUCGAACCGCUCAUCAACGUCCAUAAGCAACGACUCAUCGCUGGAUCCAUCAAGGCGCUCGUUGCUGGCCAACAUCUGGCGAGUCGCGUCCAGUUCCCCAUUGAUCGUAAACUAUUCCAGAAAUGCCUGAAGUUGAGGGGACUUGAUCAGGAUACGUUGCAGAGGGCGUAUCAGAUGUAUCCUCAUUGACUAGAGGAUAGGACGAGAACGCUGGAACGCGUGGAUAUUGCGUUGUGGUUGUGAGUGGGUGGGUGUACUUAUUGUACGUUUGAAGUCUGGCUUCGGUGUCAUAAUGGGAGGGUAUUGGCUGGGUAUGUACAUGGAUGUGAGUGUAUGGACUUUGGGCUUUUUUGGUUUAACGACGAACGUGUCCUCCCCCUCACCAACCCAUUCCACGGAUCGGCUCUCGCUCUCAGUACCCAGUCUCCAAACCAUCGUUGUUAUCGUUAUCAUCCUCGUCCUCCGCUUUCUGUCCUCUGUCCUUUGUCCUCUACCAUCUGUCCAUACCUCUCAUCUUCUUUGCUCUCCCCUCUUACGAUCUCCCCUAUGGACUCCUUUUCCAGUUCUCCCCUCCUCUCCUCCGUUUCCGUUCAUUUGUUCCACUCCUCCUUGAUUUCAUCCAUUUACCCAAGUCGUCCGGUCUAGUCCUCGCGGUGCAUCAGCAGUCUCCGCCCUCCGAAUCCUCCCUCAGUCUAUUAUGUUACAGUGUCAUUGCUUUCGUGUUAUU